UUUAUCCAAAGGAUUUUCAUCUGCCCUAGGCGGGUUUUUCCUAUGCCUUCUAAUGAAAACGAGCCUUAUAGUAUUGGAACGUAAGUUAGUAUAGAAAAAAAUAAAACUUCAUGCGUGUAUAAUGUAGAAUAUAAAAUGGAAAAAGAAGAAUUAACCAACAAUGAUGAAGAACAAUUAACAAAGCAACAAAAGAAAAAUAAGAAGAAACGAGAAGCUGCAAAAUUGAAAAAGAAACAACAGCAACCACAACAGCAACCACAACAGCAACCACAACGACAAAGUGAAAAGAAUGUGGAAGAAGUUGCAACAGAUGAUACAGUAGAUAACUUCGAAGAAGAACUUUGUUGGUGUAUAAAACAGAUAGAGCUUGGUGUCAAAACUCAAAAACCAACAAAAGAUCAAGUCGUCAAUAGCACAAAAUUAUUGAACCAACUUAAGUCACCAAAAACACCGAAGCCUAAGAAAAGGAUGCUGAUGAAAGUCAAUUUUGGAGAUUAUAGAAACAAAAUGGCGAAAGAAAGAAAAAUACAUAGUCAAGUUCCACCUUCUUUCACGGCUACCGACGAAAACAAACUUAAAGAAAGUGUGUUUAUAAAGAAGAAAUCCAAUGACAUGCCAACCUGUUCACCUACCAGCGAAAAAUCGUACGGUUUUUGUUUCAAUUUUCCUGAACCAUCAUAAAAGAUUGUUGGAGAUGGAAGAAAACGGACGUGGUUACCUGAAUUUGAUGUUAUCUAGAAUAUAAAAGUCGCCUUCCUCAUCACAGCGGGUAUUCAAAUAAAAAAAGUUGAUGAGCAAAUAUUUGUAAAGAACUGAAAUGGAUAAUAUUGUGAUAUCGCCACAGCUUAUUGGUCGCUUGUGCGAACUGUUUUAUUAGAAGACCACCUUCUCAAACGUGAAAAAUGUAGAUAUUUUGUAUAUAUCACUCAACUUGAAUGACCAAAAUAUUCACGAAAGUAUACACGGAAUUUCAAAUAUAUAGAGCUGCUGUAAA